AUGACGCUGAACGUUCUGGACGCCCUGUUAAGGUUACUACUCCAGAAAUCAUUGAUAAAAUCCAUGAUGGAUGACAGAAGAGUGAAGGUACGUGAGAUUGCUAGUGCCGUGGGCAUCUCGAAUGAACGGGUACAUAAUAUUUUGCAUCAACAUUUGGACAUAUCAAAGCUAUCCGCAAGAUGCGUGCCGCGAUUGCUCACGCUUGACCAAAAACGAAAUCGUGUGAAGUGUUGCAAAGAUGGUUUGCAGCUGUUCCGGAAGAAUACGCAAAACUUUAAGCGUCGUUUCGUCACUGUGGAUGAAACAUGGAUACAUUACUACACUCCUGAGACCAAAGAACAAUCUAAACAAUGGGGUACCAAGGAGGAAUCUGCGCCAAAAAAGGCGAAGAUCGUUCCUUCGGCCGGAAAGAUUAUGGCAACUGUCUUUUGGGAUUCGCAAGGAAUAAUCCUCAUUGACUAUCUGGAAAAGAGUAAAACUAUUACAGGUGCAUAUUAUUCAUCGUUAUUGGACCGUUUGAAAACCAAGCUGCAAGAAAAAUGUCCACGAUUGGCCCACAAAAAAGACCUUUUCCAUCACGACAACGCACCAGCUCACGCCUCAGCAGUUGUGGUCGCAAAAUUAAUGAAAAUAGGGUUCCAACUCGUUUCACAUCCCCCCUAUUCUCCAGACUUGGCUCCCUUGGACUACUAUUUGUUCCCCAAUUUGAAGAAAUGGCUGACUGGAAAAAGAUUUUAUUCAAACAAGGAGGUGAUUGCAAAAACAAAUGCUAUUUUUCAGACUUGGACAAAUCCUAUUAUUCGGAAGGGAUCAACAAACUAG